AACCUGAACAUGAAGACCCUGCUCCUGACUGCCACACUGUCUAGUCUAGUGGCAAUUCUACAGACCUAUGAUGACCUCCCCUUCAUCUCAGAAGAAGAUAAACUCUCAGGUGUCUGGUUCAUAAAGGCCAUAGUGAAUCAAAGAAGAGAAGUGGAAGGGAAAUCUCUGGUUGUAUUUCCCAUUAAAUUUACAUGCCCAGAAGAAGGAACCUUGGAGUUCAGGCACACUCUCACAUCUGAGGGAGAGUGCAUUCAUUUAGAAGUUCGUAUGCAGAGAACAGAGGAGCCUGGUCAAUACAGUGCCUUUUGGGGCCAUACUCUCUUCUAUAUUUAUGAUCUUCCAGUGAAGGACCACUACAUCAUGUACAGUGAAAGUCAUCCAUUUCAGAAAAUAUCCCAAUUGGGAUUCCUCAUAGGAAAGUACCCAGAAGAAAACCAGGAGACCUUGGAAGUAUUUAAGGAAUUCAUACAGCAUAAAGGAUUCCUCCAAGAAAACAUCCAUGUGCCUGAGCAGAGGGAUCGGUGUAUUCCCACACAUGACAGUGCCCACCAGGACCACAAAUGCUGAGGCCUGACAAUGACCUUAGUGGACUACUUUUCUUCCUGGACAACAUUUCACUGAGCUGCAUUUCCCCCAACGCGUGUUCUACUCCUUAAAUUGUACUACCCUCUGGACUUCCUAACAUCCUGAUUUACCUUUUAACCCUUGCUCUGAGACCCGUCUGAAUCCAAUAAAAAAUUUAGCAGUU